GAAGGCGGGGGGUGACCUGCGAGGACGCGCCUCUCUCCUCUCUUUCUGCGCUGCUGCUCCGUGCGCGUUCCCGAGACGGAGGCAGGCUUUCGGGGAGCUGUGAGAGCAGACGAGCGGCUGCGGGGGAGAGAGAAAGAUGGAGGUGAGGGUCGGGGAGAGACUCCUGUGGCUGGCCGUGCUGUCCACUGUCCUCUGCGUGGAUUCGGUCUUCGGAAAAUACGUCAAAGGCAUCGUCAACACCAAAGAGGACUGGGUUUUCCUCACACGUUUCUGCUUUCUCACAGAGUUUGGUCGGCUGGAUUUUAAAUUUCGCUACCCAAAGUCGCGCUGCUGUCAGAACAUUCUGCUCUACUUUGAUGACAGCUCUCAGUGGCCAGCUGUGUACAAGAAGCCAGAGAAGAACUGCUAUGAGAAGGAAGCAGUGCUGAGGCCUGAAAACAACCAGGUCAUCAAUCUCACUACCCGCUACACCUGGUCAGGAUGUGCGGUCGAGGACGACACCAACGAGGAGGUUCUGAGCUGCGUGGGUGGUCGCAGUUUCCGCUCAGUGAGAGAGAGGUGGUGGUACAUUGCUCUCAGCAAGUGUGGGGGCGAUGGCUUGCAGCUGGAGUACGAGAUGAAGCUGACCAACGGCCAGUCUUUCUGGACGCAGCAUUUUUCUGCAGAUGAGUUCGGAAUUUUGGAGACAGACAUCACGUUUCUGGUCAUCUUCACGUUAGUGUUCCUCCUCUCCUGCUACUUUGCAUACAAUCUGAAGGGGAGACAGCUUCUUCACACAACCUACAAAAUGUUUAUGACGGCAGCAGGUGUGGAGGUGCUCAGCCUAAUGUUCCAUUGUGUCUACUGGGGCCUGUAUGCCAGGGAUGGAGUUGGCAACGGCAGCCUGAAGAUACUCGGGAAAUUACUGUUCUCCGUCAGUUUCUUGGUGUUCCUUCUGAUGCUCAUACUGUUGGGUAAAGGUUUCACCGUCACCAGGGCGAGGAUCAGCCACAGUGGCUCUGUUAAGCUGAGCAUCUACAUGACAGUCUACACAAUCACCUAUGUUAUCCUCUUCAUCUAUGAAGCAGAGUUCUUUGACCCAGGUGAGGUGCUUUACGCCUAUGACAGCCCCGCAGGCUACGGCCUGAUGGGCCUGCAGCUGGUCGCUUACGUGUGGUUCUGCUACGCCGUGCUGGUCUCGCUGAAACACUAUCCUGAAAAACAGCCCUUUUACGUCCCUUUCUUCACCACAUACACUCUAUGGUUUUUCGCUGUGCCUGUGAUGGCUCUGAUCGCCAACUUCGGGAUUCCUCGAUGGGCUCGGGAGAAGAUUGUGAACGGCAUUCAGCUCGGCAUCCACCUCUACGCUCACAUCGUUUUCCUUGUCAUUACAAGACCAUCAGCAGCCAACAAGAACUUCCCGUAUCAUGUUCGGACCUCCCAGAUUGGGAUCUUGCAGUCCAGCCCCAAAGGAGGCGAGGGAGGGGAAAGUUUUCCCCACCAUGCCUACGGGAACAGCUCCUUCCUCGGAGAUUCUCAACCCAACUUCACCGAACUCUUCUCCAUCCAAUCAGAUCCGGUGAAGACCGUGGAAGAGACAGUUGCUCGUAAAGGACCCGAUGUGCCGAGGAACAGUGAACAAAAGAUUAUUACCACUGCUGCAGACUUGACCAUGAUAUUGCCCCCACCUCCACCUCCGAUACCCCCACGCCUCGCCUCCCGCUCUCCCCCAAUGCCCCCUCGACUUCCAUCCUUCACAGAGUACUUCAGCAUGCAAAGCGGCGGUGGAGGAGGCUUUGGGACGAAGGCAUGAAGUGGAUGAGAAAGCGGCAAAGACUGUGGCAGAAAGGAUGAAGGCUACAGACAGAAUUUACAAAGCUGGUGGGAGAGGAAAGGGUCAUCCUAAAUAACAGAAGAAUUAUAGAUGAAGGGACAUACAUGAGAAGUCAUCACAAAAGUAAAUCCCUAAAUGGUCCUUUUAACUUGGAAAUGGAAAUGACCUGUAUGGAGAAGCUAGGGGGGAUGGCUAAGAGGCAAAUGCUGAGGAUGUAAAAGAAUAAAGAAGCAAUAAAUAUUUGAUGCUGACCAGUUGAAGGCACAUGGGAGAGAGAUGACAAAGUGGAUGUAGCCAGAGCAAUAGAAUGAUAGCUGUGCACAAUGUGGAAAUGAACAAAAUUCUUGAAAUACUUUUAUUCAAAAAUUCAUGAGGAUUUGAUGGUGUGCCUGGAGGAGUUUGUAAAUAGCUAAAACUGUUGAGAGCAACAAUUAUGUAUAGUUUUAUUUCAAAAUACGAGAUUAAUUCAUGUUUUCUUUCCCCUGAACAUGACAUUCCAGUUGGUGCUUCGACCACAGAGAAAUCCCAUGCCAUUAUGUUUAAAAUUCAUUAAAAAAAAUAAAAAUAAGCUUUUUUAUGUUUAAGACAUUUUUGAUAAAAACUUAGAUAUAUUUAUGGUAUAUGGAGUUUGUUGUGUUUAUUUAUAUUCUUACUGUAUAAGCCUUCAUUGGAGCUGGUUUUUCUGGAUCAAUAUACUGAUGUGUAACUGUAAAUUGUCACAUUUAGUCUGGGCACCCCGAAGUACAGUACUCGUAAAACAUGCAUGUUUGUGUUGUAUUUUCUGUCCGAAAAGCAGAUAUAUGUGCUCUGUGUGACCAUAGAAUAUUCGCUUAUUGUGUGUGUUGAAAUCCACACUUCUGUAAAUACAUACAAUAGGCUGCAAAAUGUUUGUUUUUUUUAACUGUAAAACCUUUGUUAAUUGCUAUUCAAAUCAAAGCUGUCUUGCAGUAUUUUUAACCUAAAAGUAGAAGUAGGCAUGGGCUGGUAUGAUAUUCUGAGUUCUGGUAACUUUAAGAUAAAAACCACAGUUUCACAACAUAUUUUGAAAUGUUUAAACUUAAUAUUUAAAAUUAGACCGCCUGCAAUCAGAGAUUCAUGGAUCAUUUCUGAUUUUGUAAACAUCCAACAUGCUGUUAAUAACUUUUAGCAUAUUCCAAAUUUUCUGAAUAAUUGCAACAGUAUUAAAAAUGUACUUGUUUUUGCAAUUUUGCAAUGAUCGGGUAUGUAGAGUAAGGAGGUAAUGUUUCUGUGUUACUUUUAAAACUAAAACAUAAUUUCUGAGCUGAUAUUUUGAGAGAUCUUUAGUCACCUUUAUUAAUAUUUAGCAUGGUUAGGAUUGGUAACCAUUAACAACUGAAAACACUGAUUGUACUCUCCAAUUUGUAGCUUUGCAAUUUCACACGCCAAUGUCAUAACCAUCUACCAAACAAUUGCAUCUUUUUCUUUAGGUUGUUAAAUAACUUUGUAGCUUUGAUAAUUUGUGGAGAUGAAUGGUUAUAAAAAGAUGUGAAAUAUCAGUUCUUAAACGUCCUUACCAAAGAGUGUUGUUACACCACUGGUCAGCAAAAGAUAAUUUUUUUCUCAGACUGUUCAAUAAUCUCAGCCGGUUGAGCUGAAAAUCAUCCGUGUCUGCUCAUCAGACGACUUGUCUGUUCAUGUCUAUUUAAAACAUUUUCUAAUUGUUUUCAUUUUAAAAACUGAUCUAAAACUGCGUUUACCACUGAUGCUAGACAACCUAAUGCACUACUUCUCAUAGCUCUGAUAGCAUAUUUCUUUUAAAAUUAUCUUAUGCAUAUAAAGAGGGUGAAUAGUUUAUCAAUAACAUUGACAAUGUGAAGUAUUAUUAAUAAGUGACUAUUUAACCUUGUUAAAAUCUUGAACAAAUUGACAUAAGUUAGUUACAGUGUUGUUCAGCACAUCCUUUCUUCGGUUUGUCAAUUAGAGCAGCUUAAAUAUACAUAAUGGAUUUGAUGAUGGUACUUUUCAUAAUAAUAAUAAAGCCAAAUACCUGCCCAUGCCUAGUAAAAUAUUAUUUAUACUGGGCUGUUUUUAGUUAGUUUCACUGGAGUGCAGAAUAUCCCUGAUUUUAACUGUCAUGUCUGUGUUUGUGGAUGUUGGUGAAUAUACUGAUGCAAUACAGCACAAGGACGGGGGUGAUGCUGAAGUUAGUCACAAUUCACAAGUCACAAUUUCAACUUUAUUCGGUUAAUUCUUCUUGUAAAGACUUCCAUCAAAAUGGGAAUUCCGUGAUUUUAAAAACAGCGAUGCCUUUGCAUGUUUUGGUACUUGGAUUUCCAAAAAACAAACAAAACAAAUAUCAGGAAUGACUAACAUUAAGUGAUUUGAUUUUAAUAUUAAGACAGCAUAUUAAAUUGAAAUACAAGCCGUUUUUUGUCUUGCGUAAUAAAAAAGUGGUUGAGCAGAAAUUUAACUUUAAUUUUAUAUGAUUCAUAUUAAAAUUCUAAGAUAUUCAAAAUUGACCAGUUUACUUUGCACUCCUAGUCAACCAACCAAUUCUGUGAUGGUUGCAUGUUGUGAUACUUGGAGGUUCUGGUCCUUCUGUCCGCUUCAAACAUAUCUUAUGUAUAUAUUUUUACUAUUUGGACAAGAACAUGUCAAAUCUUCUUUAAUUUGUGACAUAAUAUCUUCUGUUUUUCUUUGCUGAUUAUUUAAAUUAUUUUAACGUAGAGGAGGACAUUUAAACGCCUGCUCAUCUGGUUUUAACUACAAAACAAUAGAAGGUUGUAUUUCACUUUUAUAUGUUUUAUUUUAAAACUAAAAUCAAAUAACCUCGUGUUUUUUGUUGCUGUUGUUUUCAAUUCUUGGUUUCAUACCCAAAUACCAAAACAAGCAUAAACCCAACAGGCUGUUUCUCUCUUCAGUGUUUUAAAGAAGGAACUUUAUUCUCACCCCUGUCUUGUAUCAGAACCAUAAAUCAUUACAUUUGUUGGCUUUUUACACCUUAAUGAUUAAGCUGUACAAAAAGCUGAACAUAUUCAUAAAUUUUUUAUCCCCUUAUAUUGGGGGGGAAAAAAGUCUUGUAGAAGAAGCAGUGAAAGCAGCAACAUAACUGUACAUUUUGUCUGUCCUGCAUGGAGCACUUUAAUGUUCCUGGUCUUGGUCUGUUUAUUUGUGCGGAUCCAUCUUAUUGGACUGCUUUAAAAACCUGUAUUCACACUUCAUGGAGAAUUAUUCCUACCUGUAAAUACGGACUGAAACAGUUUUUCAGACAUUUUUGGGAAUAAUUCGUGCUUUGUUGGAAACAAAUUCGGUGGUUUUAUCUUGAAUUAGAGAAACUGUUGUGCUCAGCUUCGAGCCGUCAGAUUAAUCAGUGGCUAACUUGUUGUCAUGGAGUACCAAUGUUAGGACUGUGGUGUGUAACCUGUAGGAGUGUUUCCAGAAGUGUAACUUUGUGAAACUGACAGAAACUUGAAUUAGAAUACUAAUUGUUGCUUCUGAAUAUGUCUGGUUUGUAUUUGGCAUGUCUGCCACUUUGUCUGCUGUUGCCAUGACUUGACUGAACAGACACAGAGAGACGGGGAGAGGCGUACUGAUGUCGGAACAUUGCUUAAGCUUCGACAAUGCUCACGUUUGAUUUGUCAUAAAGUGUUGUGAAGAAAGAACUUGAAGAAGAGAUUUAUGUGUGCAUGACGAAGAACAGCACAGCUUAUAGGCUACUCAGAGCAAUCUGGUUAAGAGCACAUCACAAAAGCACCAUUCAGAUGCAUUUUAAUGGUGUCAAAUAAUAUUAAUUAUAAAGAUGCUGUACAUAUAUCCUUUUUCUCAAAAUAACUAAUUAAAAUAUGGUUUUAUUUAAA